CGCCGCUCAUCAGUCCGUACAGCAGUGGAGGUGAGAGCGAGUAGGGCUGACGUCAGAACCUGCUCACAUGAUGAAGCCAGGCCGCCUGCCACACGUCAAAUCAGGCGGCGGCUCCCCCAAUUCUUCACCCUUCUUUGCUGAUUAGAAAACAAGCAGAGUCAAUAAGAAACCCGAGGUGGAGAUCGUUCCCCGAAAUCGGCUUCCUUUCUUUUCUCAUCUCUUUCGCUCUCUGUCUCUCUCUCUCUCUCUCUCUCUUUGCAAUGGCUUCGCGGGGCGGAGAGGUGCACUUUCGAGGGGUGAGGAAGCGGCCGUGGGGGCGCUAUGCGGCGGAGAUACGCGACCCGUGGAAGAGAGCGCGAGUCUGGCUGGGUACCUUUGACUCGCCGGAAGAGGCCGCCUCCGCUUACGACCAGGCGGCGCGCGCACUUCGCGGACCCAAGGCGAAGACAAACUUCCCCUCUCCUCCUCCGCCGCCUCCACCGCCUAUUCAUCUUCCGCUUGACUUGAACCAACUGCCGUGCCACCUCUGGCCCCACUACCCCCUUCCUUCGCCACCUCCGCCGCCUCCUCCAGCCACCCCGCUGCUUCUCGGAAGCUUCCUUCGACGCGAGCCUGCACCUCUUCCGGAACCCCGGCGGGGUCUUCCCUUCGAUCUCAAUGAGCCUCCACCGCCUUCCGCGGCGUCGCUUCUGUUCCAAUGA